AUGGCAAUCUUGUGGCUGAAAAGUAUGGCUGUUAUUGCAUACUAUUUGUCCAGUGGUGUUUAUCGAUUUCAAUUUGCAGCAGCUGUUAAGCUCAGAUUUCUAUUAUCGAUUGCAGAUCCUCCAAUCGAUGAAGUAAUUGAAAGGGGUUGUGUCCCUCGGUUAGUGGAGCUUAUUGGAGACCAUGUUUCCUAUCCUGACCUUACAUUUGAAGCUGCACAAGCUUUGGUGAUAAUUACAGGUGCUACACUAGAGCAGGCAAAAGUUGUUAUUGAACAUGGUGUUGUCCCCAAGUUUGUGGAGCUGCUUGCUUCUGAAAAACAUGAUCUGCAAAAGCUGGCAGUACAGUCUUUGGGUAGUGUUUCCGCUCAAUCUAUAGCUUGUAGGGAUCUCGUUCUUGGUCAUGGUGCUCUCACACCAUUACUAUAUCUGUUAGAGAAGUACUCUGAACCAUCCAUGCUUGAAUGCACGAUCUUGUUGCAGAUUGCUAGCCGCACUUUGGCUAUACUAUGUUAUGGCAGCCCACCACCACCACUUGAUCAGGUGAAGUCUGUAUUGCCAACUCUUCGAAAACUUAUUCACUUGCACCCAACAGUUGGAGUUCUAGGGAAUGUUGUUGAGGAUGCAUGCCUGGCCCUCUCUUGUCUGUCAAAUGGUACAGUCGAACAAAUUCAGGUUGUCAUUGAUGCAAACAUCUGUGAAAGGCUUGUGAUACUUCAGCGCCAUACACAACAUGAAAUUGUUGAACCUGCUGUUCGAAUUGUUGGAAACAUCUUCCGAGGUAGUGAUUCUCAGAUUCAGAAAGUUAUCGAGGCAGAUAUCAUCCCUCCUCUCGUCAAUCUUCUUGAAGAUGAAAAUUACGAGGCUGAAGUCAAGUGGGAAGCUGUGUGCGCUCUUUCAAAUGCCACCUUGAGGGGAUCCAACAACAGGACAUUGAAGAUGUGCCUUGUGGGGUUGAAGAACAUCCUCAAAGUGGGUGAGGCUGAGAAGGGCGACAGAGUUAAUCUUUACGCACAAAUUAUCAAAGAACUGGAUGGAUUUUGGAAAAUUGAGAAUCUGAAAACUAGUCCCGACAAUGGUGAGAUGGCUACCAAGAUCUUGAGAAGCUACUGGAAAAGGGAAGAUGACAAAUAUAAUGAAGUUAACAUGAAGUUUGCUCUUUUAUUGUAUUUGUAUGAAUGA